AUGAUCUUUUUAAAAAUUUCGCAUAAUUCAAUCUUAGUACAGUUAACUUUUAAUCGGUUACCGUUAUAUAUAUUAAAAGUCAACCUUUCUAAUAAUCAUAAAAAAGAAAAAAAGAGAGAAUUAUACGAUCGAAUAUUACGGGUUAAUCAUGCAGGAGAACUAGGAGCAGAUAGAAUAUAUGCUGGUCAGUUGUGCAUCCUGGGUGAUUCUUCAGUUGGGUACAUCAUAAAACAUAUGUGGGAACAGGAAAAAGAACAUUUAGCCACAUUUGAAAAUCUGAUUGCUAAAUACAAUACAAGACCAUCACUCUUAGUUCCCUUCUGGAAUGUUGCAGGCUAUGCAUUAGGCAUGGGUAGUGCAAUAUUAGGAAAGAAAACUGCAAUGGCUUGUACAGUAGCAGUGGAGUCAGUCAUUUCACAACAUUAUAACAAUCAAAUACGUGAAUUAAUGGAAUUGGAGGAAGAAGAAACUACUAUCUCAAUAGAUGCUGACGACAAAGAAUUGAUAAACGUGAGUUUUAUAAUCAAAAGGUUUAGGGACGAAGAAAUGGAACACCACGACACAGGCUUAGAACACGAAGCGGAAAAGGCUCCAUUUUAUAAUAAUUUCACGAAUGUAAUUAAAUUGGGAUGUAAAGCAGCUAUAUUUGUGGCUGAAAGAAUAUGAAUUAUUGUUUAUUUAUUUCCUUUCAUUUUUUUGUUAAUAUAUGUUUUUAAGAUUUUUUCUAUUUUUUGUUUUUAUAUUAUUUAUCUUUUUUCUUCAUUUAUUAGGCUUAUAUUUUCUUCAUAUUUUAACAUAACAUAAUUUAUAUUUGGGAUAUCGCUUAUUUAUAUGGUUGAAAUUAUGAUUAUGAAAUAUUAUGUUUUUUUAUAAAUUUAUAAUUUUUUAUAUUAGAGUUUAACAUUUACUUAUUUUUUUAAAUUAAAAUAGACAUUAAAGCUAUUUUUUUAUAUUCUUUUGUUUUAAAUAUUUUCUUGUUUAUUAAAUAAUCUGAAGAAGCUGGUUUCAUUGUUAUAUUCACCAACAUAAAUUAUACCCUCAGGGUAAUAGUCACGAAGGAGAGGGCAGACACACACAAAUAUUUUUGGUCAUCAAACCUGGCCCCUCGAUAAAAUUUUAGUCCCCACAAA